AUGGAUGAGGCCUACAUGGGAAUAAAGUGGGGGCUAGUCGCCGAAGGCCGAUCAAAAGGGGGCAAAGAAUGGAGAGUUGUUUAUCGAAAAAAGUGGUUUGCAAUAUUGGGUGCCUAUAAACGCCGACGAACACACUACAUGGGGCCGGUCCAAAAAGCUAAAAAUUUCACGGGGGGUGCUCCGGUAGCUAAGAUUUGCUUACUCUACGUACACGAUUCGUUAUGGAAUACCACCAGUCGGGGAGUGUUGUUUCGAGACAGUGUUGUCUGGUUAGCUAGCGGGGCCCCGCUAUGUAGUUGUAUGGUUUUUCCGGCCCGGAAAACUAUAUCUAGUUAUCCAUCUAGAUUAGACGGGUCCCGAAAAUCCGUCUCUCCCCUUCCCCACUUCUCUGUUCCCCCUUUCUUUGGCAUCUUCGGAUACGUGGUGGUUCCCAAUACAAUCAAUACCCAUACGAAAUUUCGAUCGGCCGGGAUCCUCGCUAUACUAGAGGGUCGGCGUAACACCUCCAUAAGCAGCAACAAUACACGAGCCUAUGUGAAGAUCCUGAUUAAUGGCAAUUUGGAGAAAAAUCUUUUUUUUGUGGAUGGGGGCUUCUUUUUCCCGAAAUUGGAGAUGAGGCGACCAAUAGGUAGUUCCAAUCAGGUUUGCGAAAAACCGGUUUUUUUCCUUCCGAGUGCAGCUGAAAAGUCAACUAUGCAAGAUUACUCAAGGGUGCUUUUUCCGUUUCAAGAUGGGAGUGGGGGGUGGGUCAAUGGGUUAGUCACUGGGAGAAAGGAAUAUUUAAAUUCUUGA